AUGUCGAGGAAAAUGGAAUGCGGUAGUGGUUGUGGUCGCGUACUAACAGAAAAAUCACUUAUGAUCUGUCGACUUUGUAAACAAACUUAUCACUGCGAGUGCCUCAAUAUCAGCCUACACCAGUAUUUAUCCCUUUCAAAAGACGACAUAGCCUCUUGGACAUGCCCUACCUGCUGUAAUGUGACCCGUCGGCACAGGGGCGACCGGGAUAACACGCCAGUUCGGAGCACAGUAAUUCCUACAUCUAAAGAGCUUGCGUCCUGUAGUCUAGCCGAAAGCGGUACCUCCCACCAAGACCCUGACUGGCGCAGUUUCCAGCAGGAGCUGCAGAGCAUGCUAAAUGCAUGGCGCCAAGAUAUGGAUUGCAGCCUUAGCAAAAUUAGAGGUGAUAUCCAUAAUGCUUUAACAGAUAUAAAAAACGAGAUUCAUGCUCUUAGAACUGAGCAGGACAACAUGAAGAUAGGACUAGCAGGCUUAACUAAUGACGUCACAGAGUUGAAGGCCGCCGCCCAGUUUCAAGCCGAAGAGCACAGCGACUUAAAAAAGAAAUUCCGCGACCUGGAUGCAGUUAAAGGUGACAGAAGCGAUGCAAUGAACCUCGUCACUACCAUGGAAUGCAAAAUAGACAGCUUAGAACAGCACGCGAGGCAAUGCAACGUCGAAAUCUGUAAUGUUCCUGACAAACGGAAUGAAAACCUAAUGGGCAUCCUGGAGACACUUUGUACACAAAUUAAAUACACCGUACAGCAAAGAGAUAUUAUAUCUAUACAUCGCGUACCUCAUGCGAACCAACAGAACAACAGGCCCAAGAAUAUCAUCGUUAAGUUUACUACACGUAUUAUUCGUGACAACGUCUUAAGUGCAUUUCGCAAAACUAGAGGAUUGAAAAGUGAUCAGUUGGGUAUUACCGGUCAGCCACACAAUAUCUAUAUGAAUGAACACCUAACCCUAAAAAAUAAACAGCUUUUUCGUGAAUGCCGAGGAGAAGCAAAAAAGCAUAAAUAUAAAUAUGUCUGGGUCAAAAAUGCAACAAUACUCGUGCGACGCACUGACACCUCCCCGGCCUUUGUUGUCAGGUCUAGUAAAGAUCUCAGUAAAUUUAAAAACACCGGCAAUACUAGCGAUAAUAUGGAAACAGGAAUGUAAAAAUAAUAUCUCAUAUUUUCACUAUGUUUAUAAUCUUUGUAGUUGUUUAAUUUAUACUCUUAGAUAUAUACCAAAAUUAAUGUUAUGUAGUAGUGUGUCUGCAUAUAUCUGUAUUAUUAUAGUUGUAACUUACAAAUCAGUUUCUAAUUAUUAUAGCUCUCAAGGAAAUAAAUAUAAACUCAUCAUGAAAACAUUAUAUUAUACAUUUUGUAACACUGAUAUCCAACGAAGAAUACUAAAAAUGAAUAAAAAUGUUCUGUAUAUUAAAUCUUAUUAUGUCAUUAAUUUCAACAAUGGAUAAGUCAAUCUCAAUCUAUUAUCAGAAUUGUCGUGGAUUACGAACAAAACUCCACACUCUUUAUAUGAAUAUUCUUAUGUACGAUUAUGAUAUACUGCUCUUAACAGAAACCUGGUUAACUAGCGAUAUAUUUAAUAAUGAAUUUAUAGACUCGCGAUACCACGUAUACCGUUGUGACAGGAAUCGAACGGCGACCGGACGGCGUGACGGUGGAGGAGUUUUAAUUGCAGUGCACCGCUCACUCGCCGCUGCGCCGCUCACGCUGCCAGUGGCGGAGCCAGCCCCGGCCUCCCCUCACCCCGUCGUUGAUUAUGUGCUAAUAGAAAUACUCACUGCGGCAGGACGGCACAUUUUUGGUGUAACAUAUAUCCCACCGAAUCAAAACUCUAAUGUCUAUAUAACUUUUUUAAAUUACUUACAAGAUAUUUUACAGACUAACUCUUAUACUAAUUUACACCUAGCUGGCGAUUUCAACAUUCCCUCAAUAAAAUGGGUUCGCAACGGUACGUAUAUGGAACCACUCUUAUCUGACGCUAAUUGUUUAAUUUAUGAAAAGUUGUGUAAUUUUACAUCUGCCAUGAAUCUGACACAAUAUAAUAGCCUAGAAAAUCAGCAGGGUAAUAUUCUAGAUCUUUUUAUGACCUCUGAAAAAGACUGCGUUAUUUCGAAUCCGCCUACAACUUUAGUACCACUUGACAGCUAUCACCCUCCCUUUUAUGUUUUAAUACCUCUCAUAAUUAAAUCAAACAUACAUUUAAAAACACAAACAUGCUAUUGUU